GGCGAUGUCGUCAUGCUAUGACGCAACGCGGCGUGAAGGGGAGGGUCAGAGUGCAAGGGUCAAGCGUCGGCGGCGUUGGUUACAGCGAGCGCGCUAUCGCUAUUGUUACUAUUGUUAUUUUUGUAUUGCUAAGUUUAGUAUAUUCGCGAUUUUUUUUGCAGCCUUAUCAUGUCCAUCAACUACGCGGCCGGCCUCUCGGAUUACCCGCAUAAGGGAAAAUGCGGCCAGGCCGAGAAGAUAGAUCCCCCGGAGGAGGUGGAUCGCAAAGUGCUCGAGCUCGCGGAUUUAGUCCGUGCCUCCAAAUACAUGGUGAUACAUACAGGCGCUGGUGUCAGCACAGCAGCCGGGAUUCCAGACUUCAGAGGCCCGAAUGGAGUAUGGACAAUGGAGCAGAAGGGGUUAACACCGAAGUUCAAUAUCACUUUUGAGGAUGCACGGCCCACUGCCACCCACAUGGCUAUGUUGGGGCUGUAUAGAGAGGGCCUUCUCAAGCACUUGGUCAGCCAAAAUGUCGACGGUUUGCACAUCCGCUCUGGCUUUCCAAGGGACAAGUUAUCUGAACUGCAUGGGAACAUGUUCAUUGAAGAAUGUGAAAGAUGUGGAAAGCAGUAUGUUCGAGAUCAUACUGUGGGCACUAUGGGCCUCAAGUACACUGGGAAGAUUUGUGAUGUUGUUAAAGCUAGGGGUCUCAGGGGAUGCAGAGGAAAGCUUAAAGACACCAUAUUGGAUUGGGAAGAUUCUCUGCCUGAGCGAGAUUUAACCUUGGCUGAAAAAGCUUGCAGAAAUGCAGACUUGACGAUAACACUAGGUACAACAUUGCAGAUUAAGCCAAGCGGUAGCUUGCCUUUGUUGACGAAGCGGAAUGGAGGCAAACUGGUUAUCGUAAAUCUGCAGCCCACCCAGCUGGAUAAACAAGCCGACCUCCGCAUCUACGGCUACGUGGACGAUGUCGUGACCAAGCUCAUGGGACACCUGGGGGUCAUGGUGCCAACGUGGGAUGGUCCCACCGUAGCAGAGAGCUCAUUCAGCCGGCCGCACAGCACAGCUACCAACACAAAAAUGGAGGCAACAGAUUCGGCUGUAAAUUGUAAACGAGAGCGUGCGAGCGAGACCGUGAACUGUGCUGCUAAUUUAAAAAGAGAAAAUCAUGGCGAUUUUGUAGAGGCCAAAAAAAAAAUUGCAAAAAAGGAAACAAAUAUGUCAACAUCAUAACAUCCUUUUUUUUUAAAUGUACAUGAAAGCUGACGUUUACUUUAUUUGUACAAGUGAAGUCUUCGCUGCGUGUUUUUUUUUUUUCCUUUGAAAAUGUCCUCAAUGCAGAACUAUGGUUGUGAUCCUGGUUUUUAUAUCGAGAAAAGAACACGUUCAUUUGUAACCAUAUUUUUGCGUGGCGUUGUGGACGUAUUAAAACACUGCCAGAAUGGACGCAUACCCAUUUUACAGCUUUCUAUAAAAAAAGAGAUAUCCAGGAAUUUAAAGAGAAUAAGUUAAAUGUAUUUUAAGAAAUCUAAAAUGUUUAACUGCAGUGUUAUCAGAGACCAAAGCAAUACAGUAUAUAAUGAAGUGCUAUACAAUAUUGCUGCCAUUCAUUUGGCUUAUCCCAACUGCCAGGUGUAAUCAUUCAGAAAUGGCAUAACAUUUAUUCUCAAUGUCCAAAUAAAAUAGAACUCAUACAACCUUGA